AUGUUGCGACCCCUCGCCAGGAAGAGGCCACUGAGUAUAGUGCGAGGCAGGUAUGGGCAUGUGUUUUUUAACACUUUUACCAAAGUUUCUGCUAACCUGGUCUCAGAACAGGGUACUGGGACUACUGCUGGCAGGCCAUUGCAGCCGAUAUUUCUAGAUGGCAGGUUCAAUGGGCCGCAAACAACGCCAACGGAUCCGUUUACUGGAUCGCAUGCUGCUGCUGUUGUGAGCAUGACAGAGAAGCGGGAUGUCAUGCAACUGUGGUCGCUUCUGGAGGCGUGUCUUCAAACCAACAAUAAAGUGCGUGCCCUGUCGAUCUUGAAGUCUCUAUACGAGAUAAAAUCGCAUCGUGCUGCGUUUAUUGACGAUUACAACUUCUACUUUAAUGCUGUGUGUGCCGAUGCACGAAGCCUGGGUGAACUGGAGAGAAUGUUAGAAGAGCAACUGAAUGCCCAGUUUACAGACGUUACGUACAACGACAAGACUUUGGCUAUCAUGGUGCAUCAUGCGAUACGGCUGGGUGAUACAGUGCCGAACCUCAAAAUACAUCUGGAAACAUACUUCCGGAUGAGCGAGCAUGGUGUGAAAAGCGUCUGCUCAUACGCUGAUGUGCUGACCAUCUCUGAUUACUCUGCACUGCUAAAUAAGUACAGGACCAUUAGGGACAGAGACAUACCGGGCACAAUCAGGAAACUGGUUACCUCUCAACAGAUGUCCACAGGGGAAACUUUGCUUCCGCAAGUAACGGACGUACCUGAAAAGGAUGUUUUGGACAAACCAGCCACCUUGGACAAGGACGCUACUGUACUCAAAGAUGUAGACACAGUUGGUAUGAAGGUGGUGAAGCAUACUCUUUUGGGCCUGUCCCUGACGAAGGAACAACAGUCGAAAAUCGCGAACCUCUCCUUUGAAGACACUAAAAAUAUUAUGAACUUUGAUGAGGCAAAAUCAAUCGAUUUUUUCCAAAUUUACCAAUCACUUCAAAACGAUGUCGAGAGGACUCAGUUUGAAUCCGCAAUUAAUGAAUUCAACCAAGACCGUCAAAGAGCUCUGGAACUUCGUGCAACCGAUGCAGCGAAGGAACGCUGGAAGCACGAUUUUGAAGAUGCCAAACAGAGAGGUGACUUGGCGAUACAGAAGUCGCUUAACGCAAAGUUGUGGAAAUGGUACAGCGGAAUGCUGCCUAUAUUGAAAAAGGAGAUAGAACUAUGUCGUCAAAUGCAGGCGACUGCGGCAAAGGGUCAUUCCACGAGGGCAGAGUACGCUCCAUAUCUUACAUUGGUAACGCCGGAAAAGAUGUGCGUAAUCACCAUUCUAGAGAUCCUAAAGCUUAACUCUACGGGCGGGAUUACUGAAGGCAUGAGAACCGCCAGAGCCGUGAUAUCUGUAGGCCAGGCAGUAGAGAUGGAGUUUAGGUCCGAACAACUGCUAAAGAACGAGUCACGCAUGUUCAAAGAGGUGAAUAAAAAGUCAAACACUUUCAAGAAGAUAGUGAGAAGUGCCAAAUCCGCAUUCAGGGCUAUGGAAAUUGAAAAACAAAAGUUACUUUGGCCACAAGCCAUCCGUGCCAAAGUUGGGUCUAUUUUGGUAUCCAUGUUAAUUCGUAUUGCAGAUGUUACCGUUGAGGGUACAGACCCAAUCACCAAAGAAAAAGUAUACGGUAAGACCCCUGCAUUCUCUCACAGUUACCAGUACCACAACGGUGUGAAGUUGGGGAUUGUAAAGAUCCACAAAUCAUUAAUAAAUCAGCUAAAUGGUGAAAGGCUGGUCGCUUCUGUACAACCACAACUACUUCCGAUGUUAGUGAAGCCACGUGAGUGGAAGAAUUGGAAGUCAGGUGGGUACUUUUACAGUCAAUCCACCUUAGUAAGGUCAAGGGAUUGUCCAGAACAACUAGCAUAUCUUGAGGCGGCAUCAAAUUCCAAUGCAAUCGACAAAGUUUACGACGGACUGAACGUUUUAGGGAACACAGCUUGGACUGUGAAUAGAAAUAUAUUCAAUGUCGUGUCAAAGGUGUGGAAUGAGGGGAAACCGUUUUUGGAGAUUCCGGGAACGCAAGAAAUUUUAGAGCUGCUACCACCACCACCGAAGGGUUCGGAUCCUGCUGUCAUCAACGAAUGGCGAACCAAAAACAGAUACUUGUCCAAUGAAUAUUCUGCUAACCGGUCAAUGAGAUGCGACUUGAACUAUAAAUUGGAAAUUGCAAGGGCUUUUCUUGGUGAAAAGUUUUACUUCCCGCAUAACGUGGAUUUCAGAGGCCGCGCAUACCCACUGUCCCCUCAUUUCAACCAUUUGGGGAAUGAUAUGAGUCGUGGCCUGUUAAUAUUUUGGAAGGGUAAAAAGCUUGGAUCUCUUGGAUUGAAAUGGCUGAAAGUACAUUUAUCCAAUCUCUACGGUGUAGAUAAAGUGUCGCUCGAUGAUAGAGUCGCGUUUAUUGAGUCACAACUAGAUGAGGUCAAGGACUCGGCAGAGGACCCCUUGAACGGUCGUGGCUGGUGGAAGAAGGCCGACAAACCGUGGCAGGCGUUGGCGACUUGCAUGGAACUGAAUGAAGCGUUGAAGCUAGACAACCCUGAAGAUUUUGUCUCGCAUCAGCCUGUGCACCAGGAUGGGACUUGUAAUGGACUACAGCAUUAUGCCGCCCUUGGUGGUGACAUGGAAGGUGCCGAGCAAGUCAAUUUGAUCCCUGGUGCCAUGCCCAAGGAUGUUUACUCGCAUGUUGCCAACAUUGUUAGAAGCAGGCUACAGGUGUUGGUAGAGCAGGAGAACGAUCCGAUGGCCAAGUUCCUUGUGGACAAACUAAACCGUAAAGUUGUGAAGCAGACCGUGAUGACGCAUGUCUAUGGUGUCACACUGGUAGGUGCAACUUUGCAAAUUGAUAAACAGAUCGGUGAUUACUUCAGCGACCACAGGGAGUCCCUUAAGUACUCCAAGUAUUUGGCGAAGCAUGUAUUUGCUGCCAUCAGAGAGUCCUUUAAAGGUGCUCAUUUGAUACAAGAUUGGCUUGGUGAGUGUUGUAAAAGAAUUUCAAAAUCCGUUAGGUUGGAUGUGGACGAGAAAUCGUUCAAGAAUGGGGACAAAUUAGAUUUCAUGACUUCUAUCAUCUGGACUACUCCGCUUGGUUUACCGAUCGUCCAGCCAUACCGUGAAGUAAGCAAGAAACAAGUUGACACAAACUUACAGACUGUCUUUAUAAGUGACCCCUUUGCUGUCAAUCAAAUCAAUGCGAGGAGACAGAAGGCCGGGUUCCCACCCAAUUUCAUCCAUUCAUUAGAUGCGUCGCAUAUGCUGUUAUCCGCGAGCAAAUGUGCGGAAGAGGGGCUUGAUUUUGCCUCUGUGCAUGAUUCGUACUGGACACACGCUUGCGAUGUGGAGAAAAUGAACAAGCAUAUAAGGAAUGAGUUUGUGACUCUACACGAAGUCGAUCUGAUUGAGAGGUUAAAGGAGGAAUUUGAUGAGAGGUACAGGAAUUACGUUCAAAUAUUGAAAAUUUUGAAGCAUUCACCUCUUGGGAAACAGAUUUUGCAAUUAAGAGCAGAUUUGACAAAAAAGUUGGGGAGACCCGCCACACUUGCCGAUGAGAUAUACGUGGAGAAGAAGAGACAAAUGCUACUACAAUCCGAGUCUCAGGAGGAGCAAGCUGCUGGGAGACAGAUGGUAACGACGAUCUCUGUUGCUGAAACGUGCCCUGAUCUGGAUUUAGAGGAAGGUACACCUAUCCCUGAAAAGACUUCGAUAUUAAUCCUGGUACCCUUGAAGUUGCCCAGCAUCCCACCAAAGGACAAUUUCGAUGUACACGAGGUUAAAAACAGCACGUACUUCUUCUCAUGA